AUGGAUGAGACUGGUAUUCUUGAGGGCAAGGGAUUCAAUGGGCUGGUCUUGGGCAUGGCCGAGACCAACGCAGUGCGGAAAAAAGAGCCUGGAUCGCGUUCCUGGAUGUCUAUUAUCGAGUGUAUCUCUGCUGGUGGUACAGCCAUCAAACCACUGCUGAUCUACAAGGGAAAGUCGGUCCAACAGCAGUGGUUCCCCCUUGAGCUUAAAGAGCUCGAUGGUUGGGAGUUCACAGCAACAGAUAAUGGGUGGACUACAGACCAGACUGCCCUCACAUGGAAAGCCAGCGAUCUCUGUGGGCAGCUGAAGCUAUCCACAGAGCUCAGUCCUGACCACAACACUCAACGCCUGCUUUUCCGCAAGGUCAAAAAAGCCUUCAGCGAGAAGUCCUACCUAUUGGCCUCAUCUCGACAGCAAGUUCGAGUUCUGGAAGCCAGAGUUAAGCGCAUAGCUCCCAGGAAAAAGAAGAGUGUUCAAACAGACCCAAACACCAAGUUCGCCAACAUCAGGGACAUAAAGAGGGCUCAGGAAGACGCUGGCGAGCGUCUACUUAGUCCCAGUCGAAUCGUGGAGGUCGAAUUACCUAGCGAGGGCAGUGGGCGUAUUGUAGUGGCAGUAGAAGGUGAUUGA